UUUAGUCUUUAAAGUAUUCAGUGACCCGAGCUGCGUGAAUGGCGGAAAACAAUUGCAGGCUGUUGAUUUUGGUUUAACACUAGCUGACAUCCUGCCAGAUGAAAGAAGAGGAGAGAGAAACCGGACCUGCCAGAUAACCCUAAACAGAUCGUCAUCCCUCACAUCCAGGGAAAGGAGGGAUCAGAGCCCUCCUAACAUCCUGCUGCUGUGCACCACGCAGGAUAUCUAUCAUUUCUCUGCAUAUUCGUUUGCUUAUGGAUUAUUGAGCUUUAGACGCAUAUGAGGUCAUGAAUUCGGCUGAACAGACCAUCACAUGGUUAAUAACGCUGGGUGUCCUGGAAUCACCCAAAAAGACGCUAUCGGACCCUGAAGGCUUUUUACAGGCAUCUCUCAGAGAUGGAGUGGUUUUGUGUAAAUUACUGGAGCGGCUGCGACCCGGUUCGGUUAACACGAUCUACCAGGACCCGCGGAAAGACGAGUGUCUGUGUAAUAUCAGAGAGUUUGUGAAAGGCUGUGCGUUAUUAUAUCACAUCGAGGUAUUUGAGGCCAAUGAUUUGCUUCAGGGCCAGAACUUCUCAAAGGUCUUGAAUUGUUUGGUUGCACUUAACAAAGCAACAUCAGAGUCCGGUGGUGAGAGUAAUUCUGUGUGUUCUCGUCACUCGUCUUCUCUGCGGAUCAAGUCCUUUGACUCGAUCAACUGUUCGUCCACUCACAGGAGAUCAUCCAGACUCAAGUACAACCAGUACCGCAGUCUGGACAUGUCUGAAAACAGCGCCCCUCAGGUGCUGGUGAAAGCACGCUUUAACUUCCAGCAGACCAAUGAAGAUGAGCUUUCCUUCAAUAAGGGUGACAUCAUCCAGGUGACACGGCAGGAAGAGGGCGGCUGGUGGGAGGGGUCUGUCAACGGCAAAUCCGGCUGGUUUCCUAGCAACUAUGUCAAAGAGAUCAAAGGAUCUGACAAACCUGUGUCACCUAAGUCUGGUACGCUGAAGAGUCCACCCAAAGGCUUUGAGACCACUAACUACUGCAAGACGUACUAUAAUGUGGUGGUUCAGAAUAUUGUACAAACUGAGACCGAGUACUGUAAAGAGCUGCAGACUCUCCUCUCAACGUAUCUGAGAGCAUUACAGCCCACUGACAGGCUCAGCGUGUCAGAUAUCAGUCACAUCAUGGGGAAUCUGGAAGAGAUCAGCUCAUUUCAGCAGACACUGGUGCAUUCACUGGAGGAAAGCGUAAAAGUUCCAGAAAGUCAGCAGAGAUUAGGAGGCUUCUUCCUGUCCCUCGUUCCUCAGAUGAGGAGCCUGUAUGUGACCUACUGCUCCAAUCAUCCAUCUGCGGUUAACGUUCUCACACAACACAGUGAGGAGUUAGGAGAGUUCAUGGAAAGUAAAGGUGCAAACAGCCCAGGGAUCCUCACACUCACCACGGGCCUGAGCAAACCCUUCCUGAGACUGGAGAAAUACCCCACACUACUGAAAGAGAUGGAGCGCCACAUGGAGGUGCUUCAUCCAGAUUAUCCAGACAUUCAGAAGAGCAUGACCGUAUUUAAAAGUCUUGCAGCCCAGUGUCAGGAAGUGAGGAAGAGGAAGGAACUGGAGCUGCAGAUUCUGAUGGAGUCUAUUCGGGGCUGGGAAGGGGAGGCCAUUAAGACCCUGGGCUCUGUCCUCUACAUGUCUCAAGUCCUCAUCCAGAACCACGGCGCUGAGGAGAAGAACGAGCGAUACCUUUUGCUGUUUCCUCAUGUACUUCUCAUGUUGUCUGCUAGUCCUCGAAUGAGUGGUUUCAUCUACCAGGGGAAGCUGCCUCUGACUGGAAUGACUGUAAAUAAAAUAGAGGACAGUGACACCACAAAAAAUGUUUUCGAAAUAUCUGGAAAUAUGAUCGAGCGGAUCCAGGUGAUCUGUAAUAACCAGCAAGAUCUUCAGGACUGGGUGGAUCAUCUACAUCGGCAAACUAAACGCACUUCAACCUGCAACUUGAAACCACAGAGUGUUCCCUGCCAUACGCUGCCGUCUCACCCUCUCACCCCGUCCAGACACUCAGAGAGUCGAGGUGUGAGCGGCUCUCCAGUCUACCACACUCUUCCUCCCCUCUCUUCACUUGGAACCCCUCUCAGCGGUAUGAUGUGGGGACCCCUCGAGCCUCCCAAAACCCAGAAGCCCUGGAGUCUCAGCUGUCUCCGACCUGCGCCACCCCUAAAACCCUCAGCUGCCUUGUGUUACAAAGAGGAUCUCAGUAAAAGUCCCAAAAGCAUGAAGAAGCUUCUGCCCAAACGUAAACCUGAGAGGAAGCCAUCUGAUGAGGAAUUUCCUGUGAGAAAAAGUACUGUAGCUCUGGAGGAGGAUGCUCAGAUCCUGAAAGUGAUCGAAGCAUACUGCACAAGCGCUAAAACACGGCAAACACUAAACUCAACAUGGCAGGGCACUGAUUUGAUGCAUAAUCAUGUGCUGGCUGAUGUUGACCAAUCGUGUGUGGAUGCUGUGGGUUGCCGUAGCAGCGGAUUUCCUUCCUCUGAUCAAUCUGAAGACUCGGACUAUGACAGUAUAUGGAUAACUCACACUAACAGAAUGGGUUCUUUGUCCCGCUCAAGGAAGGAUUCAGGGCCACAUAUGCUUUUUCCUGAAGAGGAGAAAAUUAUUGUGGAAGAGACAAAGAGCAAUGGCCAAACUGUAAUCGAAGAAAGGAGUCUGGUGGAUACAGUUUAUGCUUUAAGGGAUGAGGUUCAAGAACUUAAGCAGGACAACAAGAGAAUGAAGCGCACUCUUGAGGAAGAACAAAAGGCACGGAAAGAACUGGAGAAGAUUGUCAGGAAAGUGUUAAAGAGUAUGAACGACCCAUCCUGGGAUGAGACGAAUUUGUGAGCUCGUCUGUACAUUUCUGAAAACUGCAUCUGAUAAUUGUGUGUUGAGAGUAGUAGAAGUCUCAACUCCUGACCAAAAAUACUUGUAAAUAUUGUGACAAAACUGGACUUGAUCCCCGCAGUCACAGUAUUACGCUUUUUAAACCUGAUCCUUUUCAAGCCUUUUUUGUUUGCCAGUGCCAAGUAUCUAGUUCAUCUCGUUCAUUUUCAGAUAUGAUAAAGAUAACGAAAUGUCAGGUGUGGUGUCAAAGCUGCCAAAAUAGCUUGCAGUUUGAUCAUUUAACUCACCGUCACAGAUGUCAUUGGUUCCUAGUCUAAAACUGGGAGUCUCAGGGAUGAUAGACACACUGUACCUACAAAUGUUGCCAUUCCUGCAUCACUGCCUGCAUGCGUCCUUUGAUGUUUUCAACCAUUAGCCAAUAUGUUCAAUAAGGUGUGACAUUCGGUAGGAUUUUUCCAAUGGAAAACCUUGCAAUACAAUACUAGAGACAUUUCUGAGGGAACUAGUCUUUUUUUUUUGAGAGUGAGAGAUUUGUUUUAGGGGUGUCAUUUGAAAGUUGCUUUUACAAUAAACCUCAGUUUUAAUUUCGUCCGGUUGCUCUUUUGCACCUUGCAGCUUGUAUCUUUUUUUUUUUUUUUUUUUUUUACUUUUAUUAUGAUCCUCUACUCUAAUUUUUAAAGACCUUUUUUGUUAUGUACAGAAAUAAUCCUUUAUUGUAUUUAAUGCUCAGAAAUGUGCCUUUUGCGGAAAAAAGGAGAUUUCCAGAAUUUUGUCAGCAUUUCUAGCUCUGUCAGCAUUUCAAAGAACCUUUUUAAGAAAAAUGUAUGCAAGAGUGAUUUUUAAUUAACACUGAAUCUGUGGUUAGAAACCGCCAGAUUAAGAGUCUUCUCCAUGUUGUCUGUCUAAUUUAUGUAUUUAAAUGAAAUAUUGUCUAUUGCUAAAUGACUGUGUAUUGUGAAAUUUCCAGAUAACCUCGUCUACUUUUUUCUUUCCAAAGCACUCUCUAUCUUAAUCUCUCUUUCUUGCUGAUCAAAUUAAAUAAAUACAAAUUCUUACUGUGACUCU